AUGCUUACGCAGCAGAUGGCGCUGAUCGCCGAACGCCAUGGAUAUCAGACAAACGUGGAGAAGAAAAACUCCUAUCGAUUAGAUAGCUGGCUGGCGUGGCGCAUCCUCACUGACCGGCGCCAUGGUGCAGCGCGUAAAUACGGCUCUGGCUCGGUAUGCGUGCCGGCGUGGUUGACAGGUUCUCCGUGUCUUAUCUUGUUUCACACGCAUUCGGUCCUUGGGGAAGCGGUCCUAGGCUCGACUGGCUGCGUCUUGCUCAAAAGGCCAAGAGGCGGUGCAUUCAGCCCGUCGCGGAACUCGCACUAUGACGCGUGCAGCCCGGCCCAGACUGGGGACGUGGACCACGAAAAUUCUCUGCUCUCCAUCCGGCUCCGCAGUCGAGUGUUGAUUCAUCUGCCGCCCAAUGGGCUUGCUCGUGGGGUUGCAAGGGCGUCUAGCAUCCGCCGACAGCGAGGAAACAAAAGCGAUAAGAAACCGGAUGGGGGAAAAAUGCAAAAGAUGUUGACCUCUGCAGGCGAAUGGCGAAUGGCGACGACGGCUGGUUGCAGCUGGAUGGUGGCUUGGCAUGUCCAGGCCAGGUACCGUGUGCCUGCCGCGCCAGGUACCCGGACACCCGUUCACGCAUCCUGCGCCCCCAACGGCUGCAACAAGGCCAUCAUUCAGGUCUGCGUGGCUCUUCACCCAGACCCUCUCGACCACCAAGCCAGAAUUCCAAUUUGCCUUGCAUACUCCAAGUCCGGCUCACGACGCUACACCACCGGGCGCUGUAAUCCCUACAUCAUCACCUGGGCACCUCUAGUCCUGCUGCUAGUACCGUGUAGCUCCAGGGCAUACACAGGGCAUGCAGCUAGGCUAGCACAAAUCGGGCGAUAUAAACCCUCGCCCGUAAACUGCCCGACAUUUCCACUCAUUGAGUUUGCCGGGAAGAAGGGAUCCGUUUUCCCAAGGGAAGAGACCCUGAAUGCCAUCAAGAAGAAAAAUAUUUCGCCCUACAAUGCUGUCUCCACUGUCCACGUUGAAGCGCUGAAAGCACUACUGCACCGCGAAAACGCUUCCGCUGCCGCCGUCGCCGGACUUGGACAAAGUUUUUUCUCUGCCCUCAACGUUUCACGUAAUUCGUGGGUGCUGCCUAAGGUGGAGGGGCUCACUGAGUAUUGGGUGGGCUGA